AUAAAUAAACGGCGAGAUUCACCCAAGACUAGUCCGUGAAAGUACUUGCGUGAGCGUUUUACUCGAACUUGAACUUGAACGCGAUGUGGAUAUGGCAGAAGUUACCAUUUGUCGUCUUGUUGACUCUCUCGAGCAGCAAAGGCCUUGCCUUACAUAAUUACGCUCCUGCGCACGAAUACAAACCGUCAGCUGACUACAGUUUCAGCUACGGCGUCAAGGACUUGCAUACGGGAGACGUGAAGCAUCAAUGGGAGAAGAAAGAUGGCGAUAUAGUGAGAGGCCACUACUCGGUUCUAGAACCAGAUGGUUCUGUGAGAAUCGUCGAUUACACAGCUGAUGGGAAAAACGGUUUUAACGCCGUUGUUAAACACAGCGGCCCGGCACAGCAUCCCAUCAGCUACAAAGAAAACAACCUGAAGCCGGAAUUCGACCAAAACGAAGUCAAACAUUACGUUUUUGUACCGCAGGAGGAGGAAGAGGAAACGGAGGAGUCGAUCAAAGUAAACCAAGUCCAAAUUCCUGCAAAGUAUUACCACAAACCGACUUAUGACGACUUUAAGACGACCCGACUUCCUGUUGAUUUAAAUUUCGUCAAACAAACGACUGAAAAAAUUGUCCCAAUUGAUGUGAGCCAACUGUACCCCAUUGAAAUCGAUUUGAGUCAACAGGCAAACCCCCAUGAGCUAACUCAAGAAGAAUUGAGGAAGUUUUUGAGGGAGUAUUACAACUCCGGACUUGAAACUCUCAACCAACCCCAACUGGAACACGGUUUUAAACCGAUUAAACCAAUUAAACCUGCCCGACAGACCUACAAGUCGAACAAAAAACCGGUUACAACUCCCGGUUUGAGGAAUUACGCGUCCAGAAAUCCCAAAUAUCAUUUAAGACACCAAACUUAAUUUAUUCUUGUUAUAAUUUGUUAAUAAAGUUGUUGAAUUUG